CCGUCCCACCCCUCUCACGCACGCAGCUCCUGAGCUCAGCUGAUGUGCGCUUCUUUGCUCCUCGUGCUCGUAGCUGGCGCUCCAAAUUUGAGAGCAGCAGAACGGGGAGUGGAAUCUGGCGCUGCAGGGGGAGGUGGUGUGGGGGACCAGCAUCCAAGUUCUGACGGAGGCUGAGUGGCAGACGCUGAGAUGCUUUGAGCGAGCAGGUUCACCCCGUCAGCCUGAACAACGGCGCUAGAGAAAGCGAUUGCAGAAAUGAUCUUCAAAAAGACAAAAGCCUGGCAAGGGCUCUGGAAAAAGGAUGAGGAGGUGGCUGCCAAGCUUGGUCUGACCACAGUACAAGCACUGACCACCCUGAGGGACCAGCUGUCUGUGCUGCUGGAGCAGCACCAGAAGCACAGCCACAGGAAGAGCAGUUUUAGGGAACUGUGGGAGAAGAGCUUCCUUCACCAUAACAACCGUUACUCCAGCUUCCAUUGGCCAGGGGCCGCCCUCACACUGGUGGCGGUGAUUGGGCUGCUGUGUUGCCAUGGGAGCCAGCCGCAGGACAUGCUCCGCAGUGGGGACUCGGUGAAGUGGGUCCCCUCACUGUACCCAGACCUGUACACACCUUCCUCUCCCUCCUGGUCUCUACAUUGGGCGUACCGGGAUGGGCAGCUGGUGAAUACUCCCAUCAGUGUGCUGGUGGAGGGAGACGUGAUCGCCCUCCGACCUGGCCAGGAGUCCUUCGCCUCACUGCGAGGUAUCAAGGAUGACGAGCACAUUGUCCUGGAGCCGGGGGACCUGUUUCCCCCCUUCUCCCCUCCCCCGUCUCCCCGGGGCAACGAGAAGAAGGGUCCCCAGAGCCCCCAGCAGUUCCGCCUCUUCAGGGUGGUCCGUACCCCGGUCCUUGACAGCGUCAGGUGGGCAUCCACAACCUCAUGUGUAUGACAGAGAAAACAAUGCUCAGAACAAGCAGUCUUUUCCUUUCCAGGUCUCAGCUUACACCAGAACAGCAGCUCUGUGUUAUCUGCACUGCAGCACUAUGCGGUGGCUUUCUUGAUUACCAACACAGUGCGGUACUUUGUUGAUGCCCCUGGGCUCACACCUGGCCGCUUCAACUUCUUCCAGCUCCAGGUGAUGGGAGUAUUGCCCAUCCUCCCCUUGCUCUUCCCUGUGAUGUGGGUCCUGGUCAAUGCCUACGGUGAGGCCCGUGUCCUGGCCGAGUCCAACAAGACCUCUCCCACUGGCCUGCUGGCUAAGUUCUCAGAGGACACUCUAAGCAGCUACACGGAGGUGGUGUCUUCACAGGAGGUGCUGCGCUGCGUGUGGAGGCAUUUCCUGAGCGUCCUCAGAGACCAGUCCCAGACACUGUGCUACACCUCCAGCCUGCUGCACACCCUGGGCUCUGUCACUGUGUUGUGCUGUGUGGACAAACAGGGAAUCCUGUCCUGGCCCAACCCCAGCCCCGAGACAGUGCUGUUCUUCAGCGGGAGGGUGGAGCCGCCCCAUGACAGCCAGGAAGACCUGAAAGAUGACCUCUCAGUGGGCUCCUUGUGCCGAAUGGAGGGAGAGGAGGAGCGAGAUGAGGCCCAGGAAGCAGAUGCCUUGCUGUGUCAGCCUGCCCUGGAUUGUCUUCACAUUGCCAACGAACAGGAUCUCAGUGAGACCUCCCACGACACUGCCCGCUCCUCGGACCCCCUGCGACACAAACGGCCCCCUGAUAGCCGCCGAACCAAACACCCCUCGGGUUCCAACGUCAGCUUCAGCCGGGACACCGAGGGGGGUGAUGAGGAGCCCAUACAGGUGUGUGGCGAAUGUGAUGGCCUGGGCUGUGAGGCAGAGGACUUUGUCUGCGAUUACCACCUGGAGAUGCUGAGCUUGUCCCAAGAUCAACAGAACCCCGUCAGCAUCCAGUUUGAUGACUCCAACUGGCAGUGUCACCUGACCAGCCUCAAGCCCCUGGGCCUCAACAUCCUGCUCAACCUGUGCAAUGCCAAUGUGACCGAGCAGCUGUGCCGCUUCUCCGACCACCUGUCCAACAUGGCGCUGCAGGAGACACACGGCACUGUCCUGCCUGUACACGUGCCCUGGGGGCUCUGUGAGCUUUCACGCCUCAUAGGGUUCACUCCUGGAGCCAAGGACCUCUUCAAACUGGAAAACCACCUGGUGCUAUACCAGCUGCCCUCCGCCGAGGCCACCAAGGAGGCCAUUCCCCGGAAACUGAACCACUUCAACAAGAGACAGCCGCCCUUGAGCCACCUGAUCAGCCUCUUCGUCAGGGAUACCACCACCAAUAAUGUUCAGAUGCUCUCUCAUGGCUCGGCUGACCUCAUCCUGGAGGCCUGCACGGAUUUCUGGGAUGGUGCAGAUAUCUACCCCCUCUCUGGCUCCGACAGGAAGAAGGUGCUGGAUUUCUAUCAGAGGGCCUGCCUGUCAGGGUACUGCUCCGCCUUCGCCUACAAACCCAUGCAGUGCACACUCUCCCCGCAGCUCAAUGGCAAGUGUGUGGAGCUGGCACAGAUGCCCGGCCAGAAUGCUAUCUUCACCAGCUUCGAGCUGCCUGGGACUACGCCCAUUAAGCAGGGCAGCCGCAGAAACAGCUGGAGCUCUGAUGAGGGCAUCGGGGAGGUGAUGGAGCGGGAGGACUGCGUCCAGGCGCUCAGCGGGCAGAUCUUCAUGGGCAUGGUAUCCUCGCAGUUCCAGGCACGAUUGGACACCGUGCGGCUGAUCGAUGCUCUUGUGAAUGCAUGCAUCCGUUUUGUCUACUUCUCCAUGGAGGAUGAGCUCCGGAGCAAGGUGUUUGCUGAGAAGAUGGGUUUGGAGACGGGCUGGAAUUGCCACAUCUCCCUGACACCGAAUGGUGAUGGCCAAGGCUGUGACCUCCCUCCUUCCAGCCCCAGCCAUGCUGGCUCUCUGCACGAUGAUUUGCAUCAAGACUCUCGUGAUGAGGCAGAGGGUCCUCUGCUGUUGGAGGAGGAAGGUCACUCAGAUCUCAUCAGCUUCCAGCCCACAGACAGUGACAUACCCAGCUUCUUGGAGGACUGUAAUCGGGCCAAACUGCCUCGGGGGAUCCACCAGGUGCGUCCCCACUUGAAGAACAUUGACAAUGUGCCUCUGCUGGUGCCCCUUUUCACUGACUGCACCCCAGAAACCAUGUGUGAGAUGAUGAAGAUCAUGCAGGAGAACCGUGAGGUUACCUGCUGCCUGGGAAGCUCAGCUAACUUCAGGAACAGCUGUCUUUUCCUGCAGAGUGAUGUCAGCAUUGCCUUGGACCCUCUGUACCCCUCUCGCUGCUCCUGGGAGACGUUUGGCUAUGCAGCCACUAAUAGCCUAGUGGAUUCGGAGGAGCUCUCCCCUCUGCAGCUGUCCGGCCUCCUCAACAGCCUGGCCUGCUCUGCUUCCUUCCACCAGGAGGAGAGUGUCAGUGUGGUCAAACUCAUUGAGCAGGCUCGCCACACCACCUAUGGCAUCAGAAAAUGUUUCCUUUUCCUGCUGCAGUGCCAGCUUACCCUUGUCAUAAUCCAGUUCCUGGCUUGUCUCCUCCAGCUCCCUCCUCCCAUCAACAUCACUGACCUGCUGUGGCUCUCCUGCUUCUGCUACCCUCUUCUCAGUGUGUCGUUCCUGGGAAAGCCUGCUGACAGCUUGGUGAUGACUGUGGCCACAGGGAAGAACCUGGACUCCAUUCCCAGGAAGACACAACAGUAUUUCCUAGUGUGUUUCCUGCUGAAGUUCAGCCUAACUAUGUGUGCCUACCUGGUGGGCUUUGGCUUCACCCUGGAGGGGUUUUGCAACACUGGCAGUGUGAACUCGACCAACUGCUCCAUCCUUUCCAAGAGUUCUGUUCAGGAUGCCCCCAAGUGGUAUGGGGAGUUCUCCAAUGGUUUGCUGUUGAUACAGAAGGUGAUGGCGGGAUUCCUGGCACUUCACACAGUGGUGAUCUCCCUCAGUCACGUCCACCGCUCCAAACCCCUUUGGAGAAAGAGCCCCUUCAGCAACACCUGGUGGUGCCUGACUGUUCCUGUGGUGUUGCUGGGACAGGUGGUCCAGGCCACAGUGGAUUUCCAGGUGUGGAAGAACCGCCAGUCCUCUGUGACCUUUACCCUGGAAGAUAUCCCCCUGCUGGUGUGGCUGCUGAUGUCAUUGUCUCUGCUGCUGGUGGUGCUAGUGAAUGAGGUGGUGAAACUGCAUGAGAUCAGGGUGCGAGUACGCUACCAGAAGAGGCAGAAGCUACAAUUUGAGACCAAACUGGGGAUGAACUCUCCCUUCUGAGGAUCUUUGAGAGACAGGGAAAGAAUGAGGGACACGGCGUGGCCCUGAGGAGCCUGGAGACUCCCCCCUUUCAUGCUGCAUUGCUGCCUUCACUGGCAGUGAGGGCAGCUGGUCCAAGGCACUUGAGAGCCGCCUGUUUCUCACUCAGCCAGAAAAGAGUCUGCCCCAGCCCUCCUCUGCUCUCCACACACUGAACACUAAUGAUGCCGUGUUGCCAGAGGGAGGAGGGGAGAGUAACGCUGUUGGUAUUUUUACGUGAUAUAUCAUUUUUUUGUAUUUUAACAAUUGUUAGGUUGUAGAGGAAAAGCCCAAAGCAUUCUGACCAAAACCUAUAUUUUGUCUAUAUAAAGGAAAAAAAAAACAGCCAAUGAAUCCAGAAUGUUUUCAGGGGAAGAAUGGGGCUUGGUUCAAAUGCUUGUUCCUUCUUUCCUGUCUUCACUGCCUGUUUACAGCCCCAUCAUGAGGAGAGCUUGAGUACUGCAUGGAGUGGUAAAUGACUGAUGGCAUGAGCCCUGACUCAUGCUCAUGAGCAAGCAGAUUGGGAGAAAGAAACUAAUUUCUGAGCCACGCUGGCCUGAAAUUAGGUCUUUUCCUCUUUAAUAACUGUGCACAGAUUAAUGAGCGCCACUUCAUAGAGAAUGCCUUUUUUGUGAAACUGGCGUUCGUUUAAUACCCGAGUUGUAGCUCUGCGAUCAAGCUUUUCAAACCCCAGUCAGUGAUGCAGUAAAGCACAGCUCUCUGAAAGUUUCACAGUCUACAUACCUCUCCUUUGGUUUGGAAAUACGACUCUUAGCAGGGUAAAUGUAAAAUAGAGCCUUAUACUAUUUUGAAAGCACUGCGUAUUGCUCCUGCAAAUGGUAAUGAAUUUUUCUGUCAUUUUUUUGAUAGAUUUUUACCAUAAAGGGUUGAAGUCUAAAUUACUUCAUUUUCAAAGACGUCUUCUCUCAUGCACUGUUUAUACUGAACUGGGAAUAGUGGUGGCCCCCUCAUCCCAGCUAAAGUGUACAUCAAAAGAUCAUUUCUGUAGCUUUCAACAUUGAGUUUCUUUUCCACAAAGUACCAUAUCUACCUGGGCAUUGUCAAUCAUUUCAUGCGCAUACCCUAGUGGGUUCAGGCUAAGGCUCAAAUCUGGCAGUGCCUCCAGUAAAUUGUACUAUAGAGAUGAAAUGUCAACACAGACUCAAGAUAUGCAUUGAUUUGUCUGAUUGAUGUGUUUUUUGUUGAGGAAUGUUUAUUGUUAAUUUUGUUGCAAAAAAUAUAUAUUUAUUGAUACUGAAAACUUGAGAGAAGUCAUCUUUUGUUGUGUAGUAUUAUAUUUAACUGAAAAUAGAUCAUCACGGUGUUAUUUGCAAAGAAACGGGCAUUGUUACUGCAAGAGCUAUAGCUACCAAAGGGGAAAGUGCUUACAAGCUAAAAACUUGUAAUUUUUGUGUCUCAAAGGUCUUUAGUUGUUGGAGGCUUUUGAGUUCAGUGAUUUGGAUCAGUAGUUGUGGAUCUGUCUUACUGCAACUUUCAAGGAUGUUGUAAAAUAGGUUGAUGUUGUCUUUUAUUUGAAUAUGUUAAAAUUUUAUGAACUUUGAAAUGUAAAAAAACUUGAGUAACAUGCCAACUAAAAAAAGCCCUUUCAUGGCUUUGGAUUUUAAUCUCUUUACUCUCCAUCAUGGAAGUCUUUAAACUCCUGCAACUUUCCUUCAAGUUCCUUAAAAUUGAAACAGGUUAGUAACAGACAGUGACAACAAAAGGCAAAGUUCUCUGUGAAGUACACGUCCUUCACUGUGUUGGUCGUACCACUUAGAGUAUCGUGCAUGAUUUUGUGACUUUUUUUUUUUCUCUCCAGUGGAAUUGAGCUCAGUUUAUAUUGUACUGUAUUUGAGAGUUAGUUUGCCUCUGCAUGCAUCUGUCCAUCAGUACUGUAUAUUGGGACCUUCAGGCAAGAGCUCUCAAGCCUUUUAUUUUUUGCUUUGCUGGCAUGUUUUGCUGUUUUUAUCGGAUGUUAUAAAUAUUUAAUGAGGGAUGCCAAAAUAACCCUUAAAAAUGAGAAAAGGAUAAAUCCUUUUACUUGACUUCAGACUGUAAAAGGCUAUCUAUUCCUUUUCAAGUGGCAAUAUCUAAUACAAGGAUAAGGGGGAGCUGGAGUCUAGCUAAGCAAGCAGUGGAUGCCAGUCCAUCGCAGGGCAGACAGACGCACAUACAGUCACACUAGAGCCAAGUAACCUACUGUACCACUAUUUGGACUGUGAAGAAGCCGGAGAACCUGAAAGAAAUACCGUGACUCAUGAGGACAGCAGCCCAGGAAUUGAAAACCAGCACCCCAGUGCUGUGAGGCAGCAAUACUAACCCUUGCACCACAGUAUCGGUAAAGAUUAUGAUCUCAGCCUGCCAUACUUGAGGUAAAAUUGGAAAAGAAAACAUGCUCUCACUUAAGGUAUAUUCUGAACUUUCAUUUGCUAUUUUUAAUGUCUUUGGGCAAUUUAUGUAUAUGGUUUAUAACCCUUACACAGAAGCUUUGGCCUGGCUAGAAGCCACCUAGACUACAGCAGAGUUCGUGUACUAUUGCGACGUUUACCAGCUGUCAUGUGAUGACUGCCACAUGGGUUGUGCUAGAUGUGUUCAAUUAAAUGCAAAGAGUUUAAGUUAUGAGCUGAUCACAGCUUUUGGGAAAAGCAUUGUUCAAUCAGACAUUACAAAGGUGUUGGCAAGAAGUUAGUGUUGUUACUGGACUUUCUUGUGCUGCUAGCGCAGUAAAAUGUUUUGAAAAUGUCAGUUUGAAAUGCUCUAAUUCCCUGUUGUGCAAAAGACUCCGCCGUGGCUGACUAAUGGUGGCAGGUGUCCCUGUACCAGACAAGCUGACCCAGCUCUUUGCUUCCUUCCUGUGAUAUUUUAAUAAACCAGCAGCAAGGGCAAUGCAGCACAUACAUUAUAUUCAAAUGGAAAAAGAGGGCAGUAGCAGCUCUGUUUCCUGCCUCUUUUGAUGCUCUUGCUACAUGGUCUCGUCUCAUUUCUUUGCCAAUUACAGGAUAAAGGUUGUUAAUGAUUUUUUUUAGAAUUUAGUUUUCAAUGAAAUGUGCUCUCCUUAAUUUGUAACCUGAUCUAGAUCUGAGCCAGGAUCUCAUUAAUACCUCCACCAUAAAUUGAUUUUAAAAUCAAAGCUCUCAAAGUUGCAAAGCAUGGGGCAUCUGGUAUAGUACUGCAUUCUUAAAGGAAUAUCAUUUCCUUUACCUUUUCAAAUGUUGGCUAUGGCUAUGAAGAGGUGAAAAAAAAAACAGCUCUUGUAAAUCUUAUUUCAGCUCCUUAUGAAAAAGACAUCUUUGGGCAGUGUGGUUACCCUUCUUGUAUGCUGCUGCAUAUUGUCAAGGAUACUGGAGCCCACGCUGCACAAACCCUUUUCUUCUUAUACUUACCUUCAUUCUUCACAUUUUAGAUUCUUGAGCUGUGAUGCUGGAACAUGCAAAAACCAGAUUCACCUUUGACCUGAUGUGCCUGAUCUUUUGUCAUUCAUGCUUCACUAAGGAAGGUCUCUGUAUCAACAACUCAAUAAACAGAAACUCCACUAUUUCAGUGUUAUUUUAAAAUGUUGGAAAUAAGAAAGCAGGAGUUAGGGAACAAAUAGGACCAGAAGAGAGUUUUAAAAAUGACAAAGAUACAUCAGCCACACAUGCACUUCAGGCUUCAAGCUCCAAAUCUCUGCCUUGUCCCACCAUGAACUCUGUUCAGGCUCAACAGGCUAUGCUGCUGUGUCAUUCUAGCAGGGAUGUACUGUACAGGAUUAUAGGCACAAAACCUGCAAUGACAAUUUUGUUCACGUGAUAGAUUUAAAAAAUGGUGUAUAUUUUAUAAUAAAGUCUCAGUGUAAAA